GAUUCCAUUGGAGUAGUAUUGAAAAGUGUCGUACAGACGAGUGAAUACGUUACAGCAGCUCGACAUUAUCAAUUUUUCGACGAAUUCCUCGAAUUGAGGCUCGCUCACCUGAAAGGAAGCAAGGCAGCUUUGAAUCUAAUCAUCACAAAAGUCAUCAGAGAUAGGUCCGAACGCGAAAAACAGAUGGCCUGUUUGAGUAGGUUUUUAAACUCCGCGAAUUUUUCGCUGUCUAAACCGCCCAAGAUAUCCAAAUAUUCUUGCGAAAGCUUAAACGGUGCUAGUUCGAAACCAACGGAACCGGGGGAGUUUGAAAGCAUAAAUCCGAAAUCGAUGUCUACGAUU